UUGGCGUGUGUCCCGCCCACUCGGCAUGGACAGUAGAUUGUCGUACGCACACAGGAGCGGGAGACGUCUGGACGAGCGAAUUAUCGACAUAGAGUGGAGAAAAGACAAGCUCCCACAACUGGAUAUUGAGGUGCCGGCGUACGAGUUGCCCCUACCGGAGGGAGUGGGCCAGGAACAGCUGGAGGGAGAGACCCUGAGUGUGCGGGACAUCGAGGAGAUGUGGAAGGAGAAGCUGAUUGACUCACAACCAGCCGCUGACCUGCCAGACCCGUUCACCUCAUCCAACUAAUCAAUGGCGAGUGCAUCAACCUCGGCCCAGCUGAGCCCUCGACUGGCGACAUGGGUGGGAGACGAGGUGGUGAAAGACUUUGUGGAGGCAGAGCGACUCACUCGAGAAAGCUCCCAGGACCCUCCAGAAGAGCCGUAUCGAUCUCUGUAUGCAGCUCGUCGCCUGCUGUCAGCUCUGAAUGAGAAUCUGAAGAGCUGUCCAGUGGAGGAAGAGAGUGAUGAGGACGUUGCCGUCCUCCGUGCCUGCCUCCUGCUGAGCCUUGGUCUCAACUACCUCAACACUGAGGAGAUGUCACGAGGAGAGGAGCUGAUGGGGGAGUGCCUGCGGGGGGUGGAGGGACUGCCCGGCAAGGUGAAGACAGCCACUGUCUCAGUGGAGGCCUACAACCAGCUGGGG